AUGGCCCCUCCAGGGACCUAUGAAAUCAAUAUUAUUCACUAUUUAAACCCAUAUUUAAUUUGGAUAGAAGUACCCAAUUCUCAUUUUGAGCAAAUUGGUAUAUAUGGUAUUUUACCAUGUGAAAAGUUAAUAGACUUUUAUAGUAGCACUGAUGCACUGGGUCUGACAAAUGUCAAGACAAAGGAAUGGAUGCCUGCGGCAACAAAACUUAUGAAAGACUUUUUAGGGGAAGCAGCUAAAACUUGGUUCUCUCUGACUUAUGUAGAUCGCAGAAGUUCAAUUUUUGACGACAACAUUCAUAAGUUUGGUGACAUUACAAUUGAAACAAAAAAAGGAGAGACAAAGAAUUUGUCUCAGUUUCUAGUAAACUCUGCAUUUGCUUCGCACAAUGAGUCCGAAUUCCAUGGAAAACUCCUGACUGGAACAUUAACAACAAAACUUAAUAUUAAACAGCUUGAAAAUAUUAUUAAAUGUCUUGAAAAAUAUUGUGGUGCAGAUAAACAUAAACUAGCAGAGAUUACAACUGUAGCUAAAAAUGUCAUUAAUUUAGAAGAUGAACUUAGAACCUUCAAUUUAGAUAGUAAUGAUGAAAAAUUCCAGAAAAUUGUUCAUCAAAAAAGGAAAGAUUAUGAAUUGUGUAAGGACAGUGAAGAGGAGUCAUUUGGUAGAGCUUUAAGGAAAAUAAUAAAUGAAAAUAAAGAUGAAGAACUGCAAGAUAAACCUUUUGUUUUAAGAAAUUACUUUGAUAAAUUGGAACACUUUCAAAGUUCACAAGGAUCAACUAGUGGAUCAGAAAUAAAUGGUCAAUGUCAAAAAAUUGAGACAAAAACGGAAGUGAAACAGUCAGCUAUGUCUAAGAAAUUAGCUCUGUUGAAAAUGCUUUCCCAGUCCAAUUCAAAAGCUAAUGAUUCACCUAGUUUCCCCAAAUGCGAAGAGUUACCCGUCAAAAGGGGAAUACACACAACAAUGACAGAAACUGAACAUCAAAAUAAUGAAGAAAACAAAACAACAUACAGCAAACUUGAUAUUUCCAAGAAACAAACAAAUUUUCCAGAUGUCAUAAAUGAUGUUCAAAUUAACAAGAAGCCAAUAGAUUUAGGUGCUGAAGAUAAAGGAAAGAUUUCCAUGAUGAAAAGAAAACUUAUCAUGCUUAAAACCGCUUCAAAAGCUUCCCAGGAUGCACUUGAAAAAGGUACAAAUCAAAAUGAUGAAUUAGAUGAUGAACUUGAUGAUAUCAUUGAAUACAUUAAUGCAACUUGUACAAAAAACAAACCUCACUCUCCCAACAAACCCAAAGAAUUAAUAGAACCUGUUAAUUCUAAUGAAAAUGUACAAAUUUUAAGUACUCAAAUGUGUAAUUUUGUAGAGAAAAUAGUGACACCAGUAGUAAUGGUACACUGCAAGUAUAAGAAAAAUAUUAAACCAAUUUAUACUCUUACGGAUAUACCAUUCAACAAACAUAUAAAUACGGUUCUAAAAAAUAUGUCUAUAAAUCGCGCUAUGUCACUGCAAUCUGUGUCUUGGCAUACAAUUUUAAGAGGUCACAGUUUUUUUAUGAUUGGACCAAAAGCUAGCGGAAAGACCAUGGGUUACUUGCCUUGUGUUUGCCGUUCAGUAAGUGACAGAAAUUGCGAUAUCACAAAUACUGUUGGUCCAAUAUGCAUCAUAGUUUGUGCUACAGCUAAAUCCGUGGCUGACGUUGAAAAAAUAGCUAAAACACUUCUUGGUUUCAAUGAACAAGUAUUAGCCUGUUAUGCAGGGGUUGAUAACAUGUUUAUAACGACCUCACUUCUAAACCGUUGCGACUUGUUAAUCGCAACUCCACUGGCGCUAGUUAGGUUACUUCAUGACAGUGACUUCGGUGUUGAUUUACGGCGCUUACAAACAUUCGUUCUUGAUGAUUAUGAACGUCUAGAUGCAGUAUACAAGAAAGAAAUAAAGUUUUUCACCCACAAAAUUAGAGAGCUCGAGAAGACUAGAGAGAAAGAAUUACGGGUUCAAAUUAUCCUUGCUUCUAGGAUCUGGUGCGAUUCGAUGGAACAUUUAGCGAAGAAGGCUGCCGAUACGGUCAUCGCCAUCGGCGCGUUUCCUGAAUGCGUGAUAUACUCAAAAUCUCAUAUGACUGUGUGCUUUGUUGAUAACAACAAAAAAACCGAAUCAGUCCUGGAAUUUAUGAACGAAAUCGAUGCUUCCAAAAAAAUUGUGAUCGUUUGUAGGUACAGCGAAGAGGUGAAAGCGCUCGAGAAACAAAUGAAGCACUUGAAAAAUCACAUUUUCACUUGUGAUAGUGAUAUGACUAUACACGAUCUAUAUAACUUAAAUGCAGCCUGGGAUGAAUAUCAGGUGCCCUUGAUUGGCCCAAUCCUUAUUUGCACCGAUGACAACUUGAGUCAUCUAAAUAUUACGGACGCAAGCUACUUAAUUCAUUUCUCUUUGCCGAAAGCUUAUUCGUUCUUUAGUAGGCGAUUUUCCGUUUUAAAAGAUAAUUAUACUUCAAUAUUCCGAUCGGAGACUAAAACGGUCAAAAUAAAAAUGCUACUAGAAGAAGCAAACACAGAAAAACUACCAAAGAUUUUGAACUUUUUAAAACGAUGCACCGAUGUCCCCCCGAGCCUAGACGCUAUUUGUGAAAAUCUACUGGAAGCGAAAGACGUUUGCAAAGCCAAACAAUUCGUCCCAAUUUGUGAUGGACUUCUUGCUUUGGGGUAUUGCCCAGAAUUUCACGACUGUCAAAAUAGGCAUAAGGUUUUAAAUGGGUAUGAUGAUCCACCUGUGUGGAUGCCAAAGUCAGGAAUAAUAAACUUUACGAUUUUACACUUUCAUUCAGCUACUAAUUAUUCGGCUCAUCUGUUAGCUCACAUUGACAAGGACAGCUCUAUAAAAUAUCCUGCGACAUAUUCGACCCUCUCCGUUAAGCUCGGAAUGUAUUUCGGUAACACCUCUAAUAGAAAACUUCAUGGAAUACCCAAAGUGGGCGACAUUUGCGCCGUGUCCAUUAGACAAGAUCUGUUCGUAAGAUGUCAAAUUGUAAAAAUACUAAGCGUGUAUCAAAAAGGAAAACCUAAUUAUGUCUUGAUAAGGUUAAUAGAUGAAGAAAAAUACGAGAAAACUAGAGACAUAUACUUGUACCAUUUGCCUAAAGAAUUUCAAUGUAUCGAUACUCACGUCGUUCAGAUUCGUUUAGCUAAUGUGCAGCCUAAGGAUCGAGACGUUACAUUUUCUAAACUAGCUAGUGAUCACAUAAGAUCCCUUGUGAAUGAAGAUGACGAUUUGUAUGUACGCGGACGUAUUGCUGGAGUUAUUGGCAAUUGUAUAUUUGUUGACACUUUAAAAGCCUGCCGUGAACUAUCAACACUAGCUGAAGUAGUUGUUAAGCACGAUCUAAGAUAUGAACUGUUACAAAAGCACGCAGAGCCGUUCCCGGAUCACAUCAAGAAAUUAAUGCAAUUAUGUUCUGAAAACAAUUUCUCUAUGAUCAGCGAAAGACAAUCUCCUGAAAAGAAGAAAACAAAGAAACAUAAUUCGGGCUCUUGGGCUCAUCUUGUAUUUGGGGAACACGUGAGUGUUUAUGUUACAUCACUUUUAAAUCCUGAUGAAUGUUUCAUGCGUCUACAUAAGUUUGAGCCAUGUAUGCAGCUACUUUUGAAAGAUAUAAAAAAAUACAUCGACACCACUCCGAAACCCCUGUCGGAUAUAGAAGAAGGCGAUAUAGUGUUAGCUAAAUUCCCAGAUGACGAUGUAUUCGAGAGAGCUAGAAUCGAUGCUGUCAAUAAGAAUUUGAUUAAAUGCUUCUUCGUCGAUCAAGGUGAUUGGGCAUUCGUCCCUUCCAAAUAUAUAUUCCCAAUAACAGAUAAACUAAUCAACCAGCUCCCUUUCCAAGCUAUUGAAUGCCGUCUCAUCGGCUUAAAGCCUCCUGGUGCUACAUGGACAGACUUCUGUAUUAACUGGCUUUCAAACUAUACAGAUGAAGGAACGAAGGCUUUAUACGCUAAAUACUUUAAAAAAGAACCAGCUAAAUACACCGCAGGGAGUAAAUAUUCAGUUAGUCUUGUAGAUACAAAUGCUCUUACGGACAUUGUAGUAAACCAGUUGAUGAUUGAUUUGAAUCUUGCCCAAAUAGAUGAAGACGAAAUCCACUUUCUAGAGGAUAUUAUGCCCAAGGCAAAAGGCAGCGAAGGAAGCAGCGACUCUGUUGUUUUUGGAUUAGAUGAGGAUGACUGGGAGAAAGUGUCUCGAAAUAGAUCGUCUAGUCCAAAAAAAUCUUCUGCAAACAUACCACUAUCGGAUAUAUUUUUGCCUGCACCAAAACGGUCGGUGCCGUUAGUCGGUUCUGACGACUCGGACUGCGACUCGUGGGAUAUCGGUAAUCCUAGUUCAUUUUUAGGCUGUUUCAAAGCUAUAACAAACGCCGAUGUUAGCCACGACAAGCCCGCAAAUGAAGCAAAUCAGCCCUUAGCACUAAAAGCGCCAGAAUCCCAUAACGAAGACGACUCAAUUGGAUUGUCAAAGAAAAGUAAUACAAGUAAAAGCAGCGUACAAAGUAUUAGCGACGGCGUCAAAAGCCCAGAUUUCCAGCUGGUGUCCAAGAAACUCGAUCUUGAAUUAGAUUCGGAUGAUACUGUCACAUCAGUAGCUGGACCAAACACUUCCACAAUAGAUGAGACGAGGAAACCCAAGCUCACUUGGAGGCAGAAUAAAACAUCCGUCAACAUCAAAAUUCAGUUGAUCGGAGUAGAAAAAUACGAACUACAUAUCAAUGAGAGGACUAUACAUUUCUCAACGUUCGUGCACGACACAAAGUAUAGCUUUGGCUUUGAGUUAUACGCUGUGGUCAACACAAAGUUAUGUUCGCAUGCGAAUAAAGGCCAGUACAUCUUGGUUAAGCUGGUGAAAGUUUUGCAAAAGAAUUGGUUAACUCUUACCAAAGAUCCGGAGCUAACGAAGUGGAUAGUGUAUGACGUUGAUGGUAUAGAAGCGUCUUCUGACGAAGACGUUGUCGACGACACUAUCGUUAAAAUUGUCAAGCAUAUGCAUGACACCCAAGACACAGACAGCGAUGAUGGUGACGCUGUCAUAGAUGAUAUUGAUUACAGAUAUAAAUAG